AUGAGUAACACUGUGUUGUUUGAUACUCUCAAGAAGUCGGAUCUAGAUCAGUACUACACUAGUUUUUUGUCGUUUGGGAUUUCUCAUUUGAAUGGUUUGGCACAGAUAUCAAUGCAAGACUAUGGCAGUUUGGGCAUCACAUCCAUCAGUGAUAGAAAACGAUUAUUUCAGCUAGUUCAAACACUACGACAUCAACAAGACUUAAGCAUCAUGCCGUCCUCUCCCAGUAACAGAGAUUUCACAGACGAAUCCUCCGCGUCUUUCAGCUCGUUUGGUGAUAUGAGAACACCGCAACAACAGCCAUCCUCUCGAAUGAGGUUCCCAUUAAAGACCAACAUGAUUGGAUUGUCAAGUGUAUCCUACGUGAAGAAGACUCCGACUAUGAACAAUAGCAAGGAUCAGGUACCACCCAACAUAUCCACUAGCAUGUCUUCUCCAAGAAUCAGUUCUCCGUGCCGCUCACCAUUUACAGCGAAACGAAAUCAGCUUCCAGUUUUUAUUCGCAAGCAACAGGAGGAGGUAGAGGAGGAAGAGGAAGAUGACAGAGAGAUCGUAAAGAACAGCCAUUUGAACCCUUAUGGGCUGCCUAUCAGUAGCAACAAUCGACAUUUGGCACAGAGGAAGAGCGAUUUGAAUCAAAAAAUCCGUGUUUGUGUGCGAAAACGACCACUUGCUAAGAAAGAGAUUGAAAAGUCUGAAAAGGACAUUACACCUGUACAAGGUAUUCGCACUGUACAUGUCAAUGAACCAAAGGUCAAGGUGGAUUUGACAAAAUACAUUGAGCAGCAUACCUUUAAUUUCGAUGAUGUGUUUGACACGAAUAGCACAAACGAUUAUAUCUACCAAAGAACUGCACAGCCAUUGGUCAAGUACAUCUUUGGUGGUGGUAAAGCAACCUGUUUCGCAUAUGGCCAGACGGGCUCAGGCAAGACGUAUACUAUGAUGGAUCCCAAGCACGGGCUCUACAUACUGGCAGCUCAAGAUAUAUUCAACAUGUUGCAGCAACCUGAAUACGGGCAUUUGUGUGCUUGGAUUGGGUUUUAUGAGAUUUAUCAAGGACAAUUGUACGAUUUGUUGGCAGAUAGAAAGAAGCUUUUCGCAAGAGAAGAUGGCAAGCAAAAUGUGGUGAUUGUAGGCUUAAAAGAGUACCUGAUCAAGAAUGUCUCUGACUUGAUGCAAGUGUUUGAAUAUGGAAACCAGAUUAGAAGCACAGGCAGCACGGGUGCUAAUUCUGAUUCCUCUCGCUCUCAUGCUAUUAUGCAAGUUUUGCUGAAGCCCAUCUCAGCAGGCAGAAAGAAAUCAGUGGAGCCCAUUGGAAAGCUUAGUUUUAUUGACUUGGCAGGCAGCGAACGUGGUGCUGACCGAGGCGAAACUGAUCUCAAAACACGGAUGGAAGGUGCUGAAAUCAACAAGAGUUUGUUGGCCCUAAAAGAAUGUAUCCGAGCACUGGAUCAAGACAAGAAACACACACCAUUUCGACAGAGCAAACUGACUCAGGUACUCAAGGACUCAUUUGUGGGUAACUCCCGCACCUGUAUGAUAGCCACUGUAUCACCCAACCAAUCCAAUAGCGAACACACGCUCAACACAUUGCGAUAUGCAGACAGAGUGAAGGAGCUCAAGAAUGGCGGGCUUGUGUGCAGUAGUAGCAGCGACCAAGAGCUCGAGCAACAUAUGAUAACAUCUAGCAAUACAAUGCCCAACAUGACAAAGAAAGAAGACAUGGACGACGAGCCUGUGUUUCUACUAGACCAUGAUGACCUCCACCCAUGUUCAGAUGCCUUGUUGGACACAGAUUUCCCUCAUGAAUUUUUGUCUACCACACCACCUACGUCCAGUGCAUCUCCACCCAUCACACCGCCACAGCAAUACCACCACCUCAAGAACCAGUUCGAUCUAUCCAUGAUUGAAGACUUUAUAUCCCAGCACCGAAAUGAAAUUCGUGCGACAAACGAAUGCUCUAAAAAGGAGACCCGCUACUUGACUCAUGUGUCCCUUGGGCUCACAACUGACAAUAGGCUCAAAAUGUCGAGUGCGUUUAUUGAUUAUCUCAGCCACCUCGACGAUAUUCUCGAUCAGAAAAUGGCUGCCAUAGAUCAUUUGAAAGAAAAGAUACGCUUGGUACUGAAUCAAGUUGAAUAA